AUGGUCACAGAACUGUGUUCUGGAUGCGAACAUCUUACUGAAACCAAAAAUUCGUAAUCAAUUAUUAAGAAUGUGAAUGGAUUAAAUACAUAUUAUCAAUGCAAAUAGUAUUUAUAUCCUAAGGAUAAUACAUAUACAGAAAUCUGUAUAGAGUGUAAUCAAGGGUUUUAUUUAAAAAAUAAUCAUUGUUAACAAUGUCCUUAGGGUUGCUUAUCAUGUACUUUAGAUAAACAAUUAGAGUAAGUAAGAUGUUUAGAUUGUUAAUAAGGACACUCUUUAUUUAAUGAAAGUUGUUAAAAAUGUGGUGAACUUUGUUAAAUUUGUAAAAAGAUAUUGAACAAAUAUACUGGUAAAGAAUAUAUGAAGUGUUUAAAAUGUAAUCAUAAUGCGUAUAUAUCUCUUGAUGGGGAAAGCUGUUACCUUAAUAAUAUAGAUCUUUGUAUAUAUCCUUUUCAAUUUUCCAUAAGAUCUACUUCUAUAAAUACCCUAAUUUAUGAUUUUCAACCUUAAGAAUUGAAAAAUAUUCUAACAGGUUGUAUCUAUUGUUUAGCUGCCUCCAUAUUAGAAACUGAAAAUAUUAAUAUACUUGUACUCCUACAACAGUUGAGUAAAGAUUAAGUGGAUGCUAUCAAGCAAUUCAUAUAUAAAAUCUCUUUUAUUGCGCUCUUGGUGUCAAUUAUGUAAUGCCGCUUGGAUCUGGAUUCUGCAAUCAAUUUAUUCCUCACUGUCUUAUUUGUUACAGAAAGGAUUGGGAAAUUUAUAGUCGCUGCUUUUUAUGUGAAGAUGCUUUUGCAAGCAUGCAAUUCAGAAUGCAAAACUUGCAUUUAAGUUGAUUCAUCCAGAAUGCAAAAACACUCACUUAUGCCUAUUUACACAAUUUUAUCUGAUUUUUAUAUAGAAAAUUAUUCGUAUUUAACUUAAAACCUUAAUAAUAAUGAGAUUGAGAUGAUAUGUACUGAAUGUUAAGAUGGCUAUAUUAAAUAUUAUGAUAAAUGUAUCUAAAAAUGUCCUAGUAAUUGUAAGGAAUGCAAAAUCAUUGAUGAUUAAUAAGUAUGUCUUUCUUGCAUUUAAUUUAAUGAUUCACAUUACCAUGUUUAUAAUGGAAGAUGCAUUUAAUGUCCUUAAAAUUGUAAUAUAUGUCAUCCAAGAACUGAUAAUGAGAAAUUAAUAAUCAAUCCAUUUUUUAAUAAUAAAGAUUUGGAACACUUUUCUCAUAAAUGCAUAGCACCAUUAUCUAGUGACUUAUUUUACGAUUAGGAUAUUCACUAAUUUAUCAAAUGUGAUAAUAUUUAGGAACUCUAAAAAGAAAUUGUAAUACAAAUUCAAAUUUAUUGUAGCUAAAUUGAUUUAGAAAACUAUCUCAAUUAAUUAAAUGAAGAAUAAAAGGUAAUUUAAAGAAAGUUUCAUAUUCUUUUAGAAAAUCUGGAUUUAUCAUUAUAUGAGUAUUAUGACUAUUUUCUCUAUCUUAAUCAAAAUUUUGUUAAGAUAGUUACUUAUUAACUUACGAUUGCAGAUAAUUAACUAUGUUCUUUUAAUAAGGAACUAAAGAUCUAAUCAAAUUUAUAAACAAACACUUUUAGCUUGAUUGAAUUAAACUUAAUUUUAAAAGGAUCUGGCAAUACCCUUAAUUUAAACAAUCGCUUAUCCCUUCAAAUUUUACACACAUAAGAAUUGAAAACAUUGAUCUUCAAAUGUAGACUGGAUAUGUAUCAAUGGAUAAUGUCAAUCGUUAUACUGUAGAUUUUUAAUCCAUUAAAAUCUAUCAAGAUUAAACUGAUAUAUUCUAUUAAGAGUAUUUAAUCUAAAUUAGUGAAUCGUCCGAAAUUAAUAUUUCGAAAUUAUAGAUACAUAACAUUAAUGUUCAAUUUAAAUAUGGCUUAUUUAAAUUCUAAAUUAAUAGCAUUAGAUCUCAUUAUAAAUCAUGUUAAAAUUUUGAAUACAUCCAUAAUCAAUUAUAACACAUCUUAAAAAGUAGAAACUAAAAUAUUAAAUUUGUAUAUAUAAAAUUCCUAAUUCAUAAAUACUGCUCUAAUUGAGUAAUUUUUAUAAACUGAAAUUUUAAGGAUAGAUAAUUUUAUUUUUGAAAAUUCAAUCCUAUUAAACACUACAAGUUUUUUAAAUUUUGAGUAAAUUUAAAAAGCUGAAUUAAAUGGAUUCCCAAUUUUAGAUUCAACUUUAUAAAAUUCAAAUUUUAUAUCAAGUUCUAAAAUUCUGUUUUUGAUAGAAUUCAAAAUUCAAAACUCUCAUUUUUAGGAUAAUCCACAUUAUUAAUCAAUCAAAGCUAAAGAUUUAUUGAAUUAAUAUAAAUUAAAAAUGAAUGUUUAUUCAAACAAACAUGCUUUAAUCCUAUUAUUGAAUUCAGAUUCUGUAUAUCUUAAUAAUAUAGAAUUUAUCAACAAUGCUAUUAAUAUUGAUGAUUAAAAAGAUUCUCUUGAUAAGAACAUUGAAUUGUCCAUAAUCAAUAUUGAGUCUAAUACUGUUAUUUUUGAUACUUUGAUGAUUCAGAGAGGAAUAGGCUACUCUGAAUUUACUAUUAAGAAUGCGAAUACCUUUAAAUUUUUAAACUCUGUAAUAAUAUUGCAUGAAAAGUAUUAUUUUAAAAGUCUAUUUAAUAAUUAAGAAUGUAAUAUACAACUAUUCAAUUAGUUCAUGUACAAUACCCUUAUGAAUUUAUAAAAUAGCUAAUUUACUUAUGUUUCAAAUACAAAUAUCACUGAUAUUAUAUUAUAUGAUUCAGUUUUAUUUGAAAUUCAAAUGCUGUCAUAAAUUAGCUCAUAAUUUGUAUUUAUCAAUUGCAAUUUUUCCUCUAACAUUUUACAUCAAGUAAAUAAAUAUGAAAAAGUAUCUUUAACAUCAAUUAAUCCUAAUUAUUAUCUUAAUUUGAAUUUAACAAAAGUCUCAUUCUCCUAGAAUUUAUUGAAUUUAUUAAAAGAAAGCAAUCCUAAAAAACAAAGCCUAAUUUUAAUCGUGGAAGCAUCAUAAGCAAAAAGUAAGAUAAACAAUUGCAUAAUUCAAAAAAAUAUGAUUUUGAAUGGACAAGGAUAUGUAUCAAAUAAUGAACUAACUACUUUGACAUAAGAAUAUUCACUGAUACACUGUUAUGAUUGUUAAUUUUAAAUAAGACAUUUACAUGUAACAAAUUAUCCACCUAUACCCCUAUUCUAAUUAUAUGGAAGUGCAAAUCUCAAGAAUAUUUCAAUACAAAAUUUUAUUUUUUCUAAUCAAUUAAUGCUAUUUUCUCCAGUAAGAUAGUCUGAUUAAAUAAAUCUUGACAAUAUAGAGUUUUACAAUUGCACUCGAAUUCAUAUUACUGAAAACAGUAUUCCUUCAAAAAGAAAUGCAAAAAUUUUAAACAUUAGCGUAAAAACAUCUUGUAAUAAUAAUUUAAUAGAUGCUCCUUCAACUUUUUUAAAUUUAAUGAGAGUUUCUCUAAUAUUAAUCAAAUAACACUUUUAGAAACUUUAUUCUCUUAGAUAUAAUCAUCAACAGUAACUAUGA